AUGGCCACCUUUAGAGAUGCAAGAGAUGCACUUAUGUUAGCAAACAACAUGACCCUCAUAGACAAUGAAGAACUGCUUCUCCUGUAUGACUUGAAUUCAUCAAAGAACCUCGACUUACCGUACUGGAGAUAUGACAAAUUCGAUCUCGAUACCUUGACAGACGCCGAAUGCAAGAGCGAAUUUCGGUUUCUCAAACACGACAUCUACACUCUUCUCGAAGUGUUAAAUCCCCUUGAGAAAAUCUUUUCCGAAAACCGUUUUUACGUUUACAGUGAUGAAGCUCUCUGCAUGCUUUUAAGACGAUUUGCAUAUCCAUGUAGAUACGAAGAUUUGGUACCAAGAUUUGGAAGGGCUGUCCCGCAAAUCAGCAUGGUUGUGAAUGAAAUGAUCAGUUUAAUCUUUGCGCGACAUGGUCAUUUACUGACUGAUCUUAACCAGCCAUGGCUAUCACCAGCAAAUCUAGUAACGUUUGCAGAUGCGGUUUAUCAAAAGGGAGCAGCACUUGAAAACUGCUGGGGAUUCGUAGACGGUACCGUGCGACCAGUGUGUCGACGAGGAGUGUAGUUACUAAAACAAGGAAUGACCUACAAUGACCUACAAUGAGCUACUAUGACCGAACGUGUAAUCCCUGUAAUGAGCUAAAAUGACGAUUUUAGAAAAGGACAAAAUAAAAGAUCAGGGGACAUGUGUGCGUAAACGUAACGCGUUUAGUCUACUGCAUGGCAGCCCAUUUAACGAUGACAGCAUCUCUAAUUAUUACGCUUGGAGAUAAAUUUACGGUAUAAUAAUACAUGUAUGAUGAUACUGUGACUUUUGUCCAAACCAUCCCUUUCAACCUUUCGCAUCAGUUUUAUUUUGUCUUGUCUUUUUUUCAAAAAAAUUGAACAAACACAGUCACCCCAACAGUCGAUCCGGGAGGAUCUUCAAGGGACGUAAGGGUAGAGAUGAACAAAGGUAGCCUUCAUAUUCUGACCCUGUUCAAAAGAAAAAUUGUUCAUUUUUUUUAAGUACCCUGGCCUGUAUAAGACAUCAUAAGACCCUUUAAAUGGCUUUCGGUCCAACAGGAUGCUCUGCUUGUAACGCUAAAUAGUAAAAUCCAUAUCCUGCUCAGCGGCCCAUACCCAUCUAGGCCAAAUAAGGGAGUGCCUGCAUGACUUCCGUCAAUACAGGGUAUAAUAGUGCCAUACCGGUAAAAAAGCGAUUGCAAUAAUCUAUUUUCAAAUUUCUCAAGUUACCUGAGAUCAGGCACAAUUUUUGUUUUGCCUUUUCAAAAUGUGCUUGGCAAUUUAAUACCAUGAGCCUAGUGUCACGUCCAAGCGUGACACACGACAAACAUCAUUGUCUGUCAUUUUGUAGCUCAUUGUAGGGCUUAUUUUAACUCAUUUUAGCUCGUAGCAGCUCAUAGUAGCUCAUAGUAGCUCAUCGUAGAUCAUUGUAGGUCAUUUUAGGUCAUUAUAGGUUAUUCCUUGUUUUAGUAACUACGACACACGUCCCCUGGUCUUUUUUUUUUUGUCUUUUUCUAAAAUCUUCAUUUUAGCUAAUUACAGGGAUUACACGUUCGGUCAUAGUAGCUCAUUGUAGGUCAUUGUAGAUCAUUGUAGGUCAUUGUAGAUCAUUGUAGAUCAUUGUAGGUCAUUGUAGAUCAUUGUAGAUCAUUGUAGGUCAUUGUAGGUCAUUGAAGGUCAUUCCUUGUUUUAGUAACUACGCGACCAGGAGUUCACCAGCGAGUACUCUAUAAUGGACACAAAAGGGUUCAUUCCAUUAAAUUCCAGAGUGUUGUUGCUGCAAAUGGACUUAUUGCGAAUCUGUAUGGUCCAGUCGAAGGUCGACGACAUGAUAGUGGUAUGUUGGCAAUGUCUGGCUUGCUGCCAAUGUUAGAGGUUCAUUCCAUAUCACCAAAUGGUCAACCCCUCUGUAUUUACGGCGACCCUGCGUACCCUCUUAGGGUACAUCUUCAGGGAUCUUUCAAGGGUGCUACCCUGACACCACAGCAAGAGGCAUUCAAUCAGUCCAUGAGUAAAGUUAGAAUUUCAGUUGACUGGGUCUUUGGUGACAUUGUAGAAUACUUUGCUUUCCUUGACUUUAAAAAAGAUCUUAAAGUUUGGUUAAGUGCUAUUGGCAUAAUGUAUACAGUAUGUGCACUGUUGAGAAAUGCUCACUCUUGCAUAUAUGGAUCAAGUACUUCCACUUUCUUU